ACCAAAAACGCAUCAGCUGUUACGUCAAAAAAAUGAAAAAAUAUUAAAACUAACACUUAUUUUAUUAAAAUAAUUUUAGAAAAAUGCGUAUAUUCUCGCUCAGUAAUCGCUUUUCGAAUAUACGUACACGUAUAAGCGAUAAGUUCACAUUGCCCGAACGUUUUAAGGGUACUGUAGUUGAAAAGUGGGCACAAUAUUGGCGUGGUCUUGCCAGCGACUAUACGGAUGUUGUUGUCGACGUUGUGAAAAGUGCGCGCACCAAACCGCGAAAGGCACUUGUAUAUGCUGGUACGGGAUAUGGUUUAUAUCAAUGUGCCAAACACAACCCAGAUGAAGAAGCAUUUAUGCAUUCUUUACGUGGUUGGAGUAAUCAAAUGUCAAUGGUGGCUAAAACAUUACACAAUCCGGUGUCAGAAGCAUACCUCCGUGAACUGGAAAUAGCCAUCAAUGAAAACAAACUUCGCACAUUUUCACUUGGUAUAUGUACGAUUUUAUGGAGAGAUUUGUACGAUAAGGAAGAUUGCACUUAUCCGGCUAUAUGCAAGUAUACCCAAGUAGAUUAUACGAACUUUUGGAAACAUAUAGUAGACAUUGGCUUUUGGGAUUACUACUGGCGACUUGAGUGGAAAAUGCAUAAUUUCGAUAUUAAUUAUUUAUAGUAACAACUAAUGUUAAGGAUUAUUGGCUCCUAUUAUUUUGACCAAAAGUAUAAAGUUUACAAAAUAUUGGUCUUCUUGUAAAUUAACAACAGCUUUAUUU